AUGGAUAAUUUUAUUGAAAUUCAGUUUGAUUAUCAGUAUUAUUCAAAGAGCAGGAUCACACCGUUAUUUAUUGGUAACGAUGAAUUACUGGCUUUAUCUUAUGAUGGCUUUUACUCGCGUAUGUUAAGCGAAGUUCCACACAUUGCCAAGGUAGCACCAACGCCCUCUGAUUCAUUGCGACUGAUUUUGAUUGAAGAAAAUCGACCCGAAAUAGAUCUCUCACCAAAGUAUUUCAAGUCGCAGAUGAUGAGACUUUUGAACAAAGGAUUAAAAACAAUUGUUAUUCGUGUUGUUGCAAAUGAAUCACCGCUUGUUCACUUUGGUACACAGGCGCCAGCUAAAGUUACAAAUAUUUCAGAUAAUCCUCGAAGCAAACGUCGUUUGGAAUUAGUUCAAAAUAGCGGAAAGGGAAACAUGCAAGUUCAGCUAACUGAUAAUAGCAAGACCAUAAUAAGUCCGAGUACAGACUCAGUGAUUUUACCGCUGGAAAGACACGCAAAGAAACACGAAGAAAGCAUUCGAAACAUUUCCGAAAAAUUGCAGAACAAGACUCGAGAGCUUGAAUGUUUUGACAAUAAAUUAAGUGAUGCCUGUCACCAGAACGGCGGCCACUUGUCUGCGUGUGGCAAUUGUCACUUAAAAAUUGGUCACACCAGAAAAUCAUGCACUUUUAGCCCGUGUAGAUCAGCAUUUUCAUGUGGAAUCCUCGCAAAACACAAUGAUCAAAGAUCGACAAGGGCAAACCUCACGAAAGAGGUGUCGAAGCUCGAAACCGAAAUAACAAAAGCGAGAUCUGAUAUGCAUAGUGCUAGAACCGCAUUAGAAAACGUGAACAAUUCUUCUAAGAAAAGAAUAGAGGAUAUCCUUGUAAAUGAAGAACCGCAUAGAUACAUCACUAGCGGACGCAGAAACUGGUUAGUUUUGAACAAAGAUGUCAUGCUUUUACAGAGUAAAUUGAAGGGAAGCCUGCCAACCCGAAAUAACGUUAUGAACCUUCUAAAUUCGUUGGUAAGAGAAACGUCGGUGUCAACUUCAACGAAAACUACUAAAACUAGCACACAUUCGGUAGUCAUUCACGGCACUGACCACCGGAUGGCUCCCCAAAAGCGAGUCCUUGAAGAAGAGUAUGGAAUUAACUUCCCAACAAAAAAGUUAUGUAGUAAAUCGAAUAAUCAAUUGUGUUUAGACGGUCAAGACAAAAGCGACUUUCAUAUGGCUCUUAAACUACAACAACAAGAGAUUGAAAAUGUAUCAUCUGAUAGUGUAAUCGAUGAAGAAGACAAUGACGACCUUCAACUUGAAGCCGAUGCGGCGGCCGCUUUGUUACAUUUAAAAGCAAGAAAAUGA